AUGGCACAACCCUUGACGUCGGCGAAUGCUCCGACUGACAUCUACGGUGGAGAUGAGGUCUCUGCCAUGGUCCUCGAUGCAGGCUACGUGCAAACACGCGCUGGUUUUGCAGGCGAGGACGUUCCCAAAUCCGUGCUGCCAUCGUUUUACGGUUCCGCCAAUGGCAAAGAUGUCUUUGGCGACGAAUGCCUUAUUCCCCGCGCCGACUUUGAGAUCAAGAACUACAUGUCCCGCACCGAGUCCGUAGUCGAGGACUGGGAUGCUGCCACCAAGAUCUGGGAGCAUAUGCUCAUCAAGCGCCUCCAGCCCGAGCGCGAGACCCCUCCAGAGAAGAACGGACUGAACGACCCUGCCCCCGAUGGCGAGGGCGAUGUGUCCAUGGAAGACGCCACCGCGGCUGCUACCGCUACCGAGGACCAGGAGAAGCCGCUCGCCGAGACCCCGUUACUCAUGACCGAGGCCCCUUGGAACUCGAGCAAGGCUCGUGAGAAGUCCAUUGAGAUUGCGAUGGAGAGCUGGGGCGUGCCAGCCUUCUGGCUGACCAAGACACCCGUUGCUGCCGCCUUUGCUGCCGGCAAGGCUAGCGCUUUGGUCAUUGAUGUGGGAGGUGCAAACACAAGCGUCACGGCGGUUCAUGACGGAAUGAUUCUCAAGCGCUCGAUCCAGAAGUCUCCCGUGGGUGGUAUCUGGCUCUCGUCGCAGAUUCGCAGCAUGUGGGAUAGCAAUGAGCCCAAGGUGGAAGUAGUGCCCACAUUCAUGGUCCAGAAUAAAACUCCCGUGGAUGCUGGUCAACCCGCCCAGGCCAAGCUGCGCAAGUUCCCCUUUGAGAUUUCGCCAAGCUUCCGGGCUUACGAGGAAGAACGCCUCCUCACCGAGUUCAAGGAGUCGGUCGUGGAAGUCUGGAGGGGCCCUGGAAAGUACAACAACCCUGGUAACGAGGAGCUUGUCAAGAGCCAACCGGGUCGCAUCUUUGAGAUGCCAGACGGCGCAAACCAGAUGUGGCGCGAGCAGCGAUACCGUGCGUCUGAGGGUCUUUGGGAUGAUGCGGCACAGCUGCCCGUCUCCGGAUCGGACCCCAUCACCAAGGCCCAAACCAUCCCCGAGCUCAUCCGCGCUUGUCUCAAUAAUGUCGACGUGGACCUGCGGCCGAAUCUAUUGGGUAACAUUGUCGUUACCGGAGGAUCCAGCCUGCUGUCUGGAUUCAAUGACCGACUCAAUAAUGAGCUGACGGCCAUGUACCCUGGAAUGCGAAUCAAGCUGCACGCAGCAGGUCUUACUACGGAACGCAGAUUCGGUUCUUGGAUAGGUGGUAGUAUCCUGGCUAGCUUGGGCACAUUCCACCAAAUGUGGAUUUCCAAGAAGGAGUAUGAUGAAAAUGGUGCAGGAAUUGUCGAGAAGCGUUGCAAGUAG